AAAAGAUGACUGUGACUUUGAUCCGCAACAGGCUGGGUCUUUUGGUACUUGGAGUCCUUGUUACCUUUGUCCUCUACCUCUUGCUUCCUGCGAUCCAACAUGAGAGAUUUACGUCUUCCGUAGACAUCCCCAAGCCACGAGCGAUGGAGGAAGAUAUGAAGAAGGGUCCGAGCAGCAGCAAUGUCACCAUCCUGACAGGGACAGUCUUGCAGAACCCUUCUGUUUUCUUUAGAGAAGCUGUACUGAUACAGAAAGACGGGUCUCCCAGCACCGAAAACAGGCUAGACGUCAUCUUCCUGCACGGUCAGUCCUUCACUUCCAAAACGUGGGAGGAAUUGGGGACACUGGCUUUGCUCUGUGAGAGUGGGCAUCGUGCAAUAGCCAUUGAUUUGCCUGGGUAUGGGGAUACCCCACGUUCCAGCGCUUUAGAGACAGCACAAAGCCGUGUUGCCUUUCUGCAGCAAAUCUUCAAAGAGUUGAAGUUGCAAAGGCCUGUUCUAAUAAGUUCAUCCAUGAGCGGCCGCUAUGCCGUCCCCUUCCUUCUGGCCAGUGGGGAACAGCUGAAGGGCUUUGUGCCCAUCUCACCAGUGGGGACCAAGGACUUCACUUCUCAACAGUAUCAGCAAGUUCAGACUCCAACUUUGAUUAUUUAUGGAGAGCAUGAUACUGGCCUAGGCCUUCAGUCUCUGCAAAGCCUUCAACAUAUACCCAAGUCCAGAGUUGUCAUUAUGCCCGGAGCUGGCCAUGCCUGUUACCUUGAUAAACCUCAAGAGUUCCACAAGGCGCUGCUGAAUUUCCUGGGUGAGCUUAAGUGACUGUGU